AUGACGGAAUUCACUUCCAUUCAAAAGCUACAUGAAGGAGGUAUUGUGAAAAUUUGCAUCGACUCAGGAGAUUGUCAAAAAACAAUCGAAAAAGUAAGCGAUUUUUAUUUAUCAGACAAAAAGUGAUAUGUUCCAGAAAUUUCUCACAUGCGGUACUGAUGGGAAAAUAAUGGUCUGGACCGAACAAGCGCUGUUAGGUAUUUCGUCUCCGGAAGUCGCAAAUAUUGGUGAUUCGACUUCAAGUUGCAUAGCAUGGAUGGUUAGCUUGCUUUUCAGUCUAUUGUAAUGUCAAUCAUAUUUUUUUGAAAGUGUUUCUUUUUCAUGUUACUCGUGUCCUUUUUUCGAUUCACCUUGGAAAUCAAAUAGGUAUAAUAAGUGUAAGUUUUGCAGGGAAAUAAUAUCUGUUUGGGGUAUAGAAUCUACGAUCUCAUCAGCGGUGUAGAACAAAAUCUGGUCGGUCGCGUUUCUCCUAGUGAUUAUACGAGAAUAUCGGAAUUGUUCUCAGUCCAACUGGAGGCAACGUGCGUUGAUGUCACGGAUUCCUUGGUAGUGGCUGGUGCCAGGUUAUUCGAGAGAAAAAGAAUUCAAAAACGAUUUAUCAAUGAGUUUCAGUGAUUUCUCCAUCAAGUUAGCAAAAAUAGGAGAGUCCGUAGAAAGUAUAACGCGCAUGGAGAUUGAUUCGGAACCUCUAAGUUUGAAAUUUGAUCCAAAUGCAGAGGUAAGGUUUUUCAUUGUUUUUGAAUAAUAAAAUUGACGUACCACUGUAUUUCAGUUCGUUGCUGUCUCUUCUCUGAACGGAGCUGUUUCCAUAUUAUCAACAACAAACUUGGAGCAUAUAACGGACAUUAAGGAUAUUUUUCUCCAUUUCGGAGCUGUCGAGUGUGAACUAGCAUGCUUUUCCAAUAAAACACCAGUUUUAUAGCGUGAAAAAUCCACUUUGUCAACUAUCCUGGUCGAAAAGCGGAAGUGAGCUUUUCGUUCCUGCUAAAGGGGCUGUGAAGUCCUUUAAAAGAGAUGGAUGGAAAGCGAACGAGUCUUUCAAAGUUCAAGGCUGUGAAAAUGUAAUAUUCCUUCUAAAGCUUUAAACUUUCGGUUCUUAGGAGGUUUUCUCAACUAGUGCUGUCUCCCCGUGCGGAAAAUACCUUGCUUCCUCAACAAUGAAGAACAAGAUUUGCUUAUGGGAAAUUUCUUCGAGGUUCGUAAUAAUGGAAGAUAUUUAUCUCUCUCCGUUAAAACCUUUAAAUUUGAAUUUUUUCCGGUUCCAACUGGUUCUAUUAACUUACAGUUAUCGCCAGAAAGCUAUCUCAGUGAAGUAAUUUUUGUCUCUACGUUGACCGGUUUUUUUUUUAAAUUCAAAAAGCAAGAAUAUACAUAUAAUAGGAAAACUAAAAUAAACCAUUUUUGUUUUUUUAAAAUGUUUUUACACUUUUUUCCGAAGGAAGUUUGAGACUUGUUGUGAACUCAAACGGAGGAUGCUUUUUUUAUGUUGUCAUUUUUGCAAGUUUAUAUUUCCAGAUGUCAUAUUCUUACUAAAAACUACGAGCGGAAUACAUCAGGAACAACAGUGAUAACCUCUCUGGAGUUUUCACCUUUCAAGGCUUCUGAUUUAAUAAUCGCUGACUCAGAUGUAAUUUUUAAAUUAGUUUUUUCAAAGCUUAAUGAUUUUUUUACAGGACGGUAUUUGCACUUUGAAAGAAGCAGUUCCUUCUCUCAGUAUUUCAUCUCAAGAAAACGUCUUGGAAGUACUUUGAAAACUAACGAACUUAUUUUUGAAUUUUUAUUUUCAGAGUGAUCCAGAAGAUGAUGAAGUUAUUUUGAACCGCUCAAGUGUAAUCCGCGCUCCUCUUGAAGAGAUGGAAGAAGAUUCUAGAAGUGAUAUUUGAUUUUAAUUAUUGCUUCUUAUGAUGGUUAUUUCAGUGUCCUGUGACUUGGGUGCGAUCAAAAAACGCUAUGGAUUCGACAAAAUAGGAACUAACGAAUUGGAAGAGUACGGAUUUCACAGCGUUGCGAGAGAUGGUUUCCCAAGUGAGGAAGGUACGGGAAGUGGAACCAACAACUCGAAGUAUGUUUUACAAAAAUACAUCAUUCAUGUCAUUUUGAGAAGAUUCAAUGAUGCGCCACUCAAUUUUUACUCAAAGGCAGAGUUUAAAAUGAAGUCGAUCCCAUCGAAUUUUGUUUCUGGGAGCUCACCAUCAGAUUCGUCCCAGAAAUAUUUGGUAAGUAUCUUAGUCGUACAUCUUCGGUUCACAUUCUUAUUUUUUCUAAUCAGAAGUGGAAUCGUUUUGGCUGCAUUCGAAGCUGCGUAAACAGUCGUGAAAAAACGAAAAGUAUAGAGGUGGUUUGAUUUUUUUCUCUUUUAUUCUCCUGUAUGACCAUUUGUUUCGAAAAUUGUCAUUUAUUUUGUCGGUGUAGUUAUUAUCAAGAAUUUUUAUCAUUUUUUUUUUGAAUUGGGAAUCUUUUAAACUUGGAAAUAUCAUCUUCGCUAUGAAGUAUAAAUGCCAGUAUAAAAAUUUAUUCAUUUUUAGCCCUAUGAACUUUAAAAGCUGUUGACUUCUCCAAUAUCAACGAACUUUCAGAUCGAAUUCCAUGACGCAACGAUCCACCCAGAAAUUGUCAUCGAUAAUGGGGAGACUAUCUAUCAGCUCGGCGAUAUUUCAAAUUGUGCCGUUGCUCUUGCCAGUAUGGAAGAUAAAGAAAAGGAGAAGAAAAUGAAGAAUUGUGAGGAACUGGAAGAAGUGGAAGUUCAGGGCACUAGGUAUAUACGUUUUGUGAUAAUAGAAAGUACCAUUUUCAGUGAGAUGCUCGUUCUACACGUGGGAACUUGGGAUUCAGAAUCGCGUCGAUGGAAAAUCACGUUGCCCCGUGGUGACGGCGCCAUCGAUGUUCUGGUUGUUUUACUAUGUAAUUUCUUUUCCAACUGUCGUUUUUUGGGUUACUAGUUCUUUGGUUGCUGCGAUAACUUGCAAAAGAAACGUCCGCAUUUUCACGCUCACCGGAAUCCAACGCCAAAUCGUUACUCACCCUGGUUAUACCCGCUAUCUCAAAUUGAUUCGACUUUUCUCUCAGGACCGAUUCUCACUGCGACUGCGUAUCAAAACUCAAUUGCUAUAGCUAGCGUCACCGGAACGUUUGCGGAAGGAGUUACUCAGGAUCAAUAUCAAGCUAGUUUUUUGCAUGAACAAAAAGGAGUCUUGGAAAAGAAUUUCAAAAGAAAUGAAUAUUGGUGGAAAAAAAUUUCUGAAUAAACAAGGACUGUGGACGCCAGCAAUAAAAAACGCCGAUGCGAAAACCGACCUUAACUUCUCCGAAAUCUUCGUUGUCUUUUCUAGUAUUUGGCGAUUAUUUCUAUUUACCCGAACUCACUUUGAUAGCGGCAUGAUCCUUGAGGUAUUUCAGCACGUCAUUCAUGUCUACGAAAUGAACAGCAACAAUUGGUACCGGAAUCUGGCGUCGUCGACUUCUGUAGGUGGUGUGGCGACUUAUGGACUUCCUGUGCCCAAAGGAGAGAAACUCGAAUGGAUGAGCUACACAACUAAUGGAAAUCUGGCUGUAAUGAACAGCGACUGUUAGUUUUAACGCCAACGAUUGACUUAACUCUGUUAGGGUAAAAAAAAAAUUUUGACCGCGGUCCGGAACUAUGACUAACUUUUGCAAAAGAAACAAAAGUUUUAAAUAUGGUCUUUUUUCUGAGCUUUUUUGAGCUUUAUCGUGUUAAAAAUCUAUUUGCUGACACGGGAAGUUAUUUUACUUUGCGGUUUGAAUUUUUUUUCAAAGUCGCUCAAGCACAAGUAAUUCAAGGAAAAGUUAUUUAAAGACAAGUUUUUAGUGUACGCAGAAAAUGUUGGCGUCGAGCAUAUUCUUUCAAGAGUUCACAGAUUUGUGCCAUAAUCAAUUUGGUUUAAAUAUCAAAUUAUUAUAGUUCUAUGUUUCUUCUCUCACACAAAAGUUUUUUUUUCUUCACAGGUAGGUUUAGUUUAUCCACCUAGUGGUCUUUUUACCUCACUGCAACAUCACCAUACCAUGCCGUUGUUGCGAAAAAAAAAGGAAGUGAUUGAUUGAAGCACUCUGAAUGUCUAGAUGAAGAUUCCUCAUAGUCGCUACCUGAGAAAAAUUCUCAAACUUUCUUCUAAUAAUUGAUAUAUUAGUUUUUAAAGUUUGCGUUACACAGAAUGAGACCCCAAAGGAAGUCAUUUCACUUGGAGACUUGGAAUUUUCUACAAAUUCGCUCACAAAAACGGAAGGUUUAUACGCACCAGUUUCUAGUUUUUGAGAUGAUUAGUUUUGAAGUUCGAAAAAGUUAUCCUUGAAUUUUUUAUUUCGCAACUUUGGAAAAUUAGACUUCAAAAGCUUAAGGUUUGCGCAGGUAGCGACUAUGAUGGAUUUUCAUCUAGACAUUCAGAUAAUGUUUGAGCAAAUUUGUAGAAGAUUUCAAACCGCAAGGUAUAGUGACCUCCUUUGUGAGAUUGAUUGAUGAUAUGAUUCUAUGUGAUGCAUCACCUUUCAUCUUCACGAAUUUCGAAAGGACUCUUGCAGACACUGUGAGCGUUAGGGCGCCCUGUGGCAUGUGGAUGCCUAUCUUCGAUGGCUCCUCUUCGGUCCGAGCUCAGUCGGACGCCAUCUGGCCAAUCUCUGUAGUUGAAACGCCGUCCCAUCAGAUCCGUUAUGUCUACUGUCGCGGUCAAAAGUAUCCCAUUGUGUCUCUAAAACCCACACCCACCAUUUCGCAAUGGAGACUGCCAUUAUGUAACCCUGUAUGUUUAUUUUUAAUCUUAACCCAGCUAUCAUGAAUAUGACCAUUGGUCGAUUUUUUUAAAAAAUAUUUUCGCGCUGAUUGGUUUGUGCAAAAGUGUAACAGAAUAUUCUUCUAUCCAAUUUUUUAAAAAAAAAUUCUGCUUUCAUUCCAAUACUCAGUGUUAUAUAGCCAAGAAGGUAAUUAAGAAAUAAUUUUUCCUAACAAGAGGAAAACCCUUUAAAGCUGAGGGCUUUAUUUGAAAAAUUAAGCCCUCAGAGUCUUCGAAACGGACUUUUUAUUUGAGUAGGUAUUUGAUUUAUUAUUAGUGAUGAUCGCUUAUUAGCGCUUACCUAUUUUUUGCAAUUUUUUUCAAAGUUUAUGUUAAUAAUAUGAUAUUAUAUUAUAAUAUCAGGAUAGCGACAAAUCCAAGCUCGAGGAGGACUUGCUGUUGAAUGAACUCCGUCAAAGUGAUGCUUUAGCGAACGAUACGACGAAGCUGGAGAAUCUACAAAAGUCGCAAUUGGCGACUAUCGUGAAGAUGUUUGCACUCGCCUGCAAGUCUGUUUCAUACCUUCUUGGCGAGUCAAUUUCAGUCGAAUUGAAGGAGCGACAGAGACUCUCGCGCCGCGGAGCUCGCCAAUCUUGUGACAUCCGCCAAAGGAAUUCAAUUACUUUGUGAUUACGCCAGCAAGAACCGCAAAACGACAUUGUCCGAGAAGGUAUUUGUGGGGCUUAAGACUUACCAGGGAACGUUUUUUACCUGAUUGAAACUUUUGAAACUUUGAAACUUUUAUUCAGUCUUCAGAGAAGGUACUCUGCUGAAUCAUGGAAUAAUUGAAGAGUUGUUCGUCGGUUUGCGAAACUGUCGUUGAUCAAGCGUAGACGGCGCGUAGAGCAUCUCGCUUUUCUUGUGAUUGUAGUAGACGGUUUUCGAGCGCUCCGACAAUCACUGCUUCUCCAUGUAGGAACAGUACGGCGCCCAGCUUGUCCAGGGCUGACGGGCGUCGGAUUAAAUCUCAGGCGAGAGCGGAAAUGAAGACCGACCACUCGGGUGGUAGAAAUGAGAGCCUGAUUGAAGAUCGAGAAAAAACAUUUCUCGCAAUAGAUCUUGUUUUCGAGUUUUGGAGAUUCAAAGUCCGCAAAAUACGAAAAUUAGGCCAAAAAAGCGCUAUUUUGAGCUUGUGAAACGUCCGAAAAGGAGAUCUAUUGCGGGAAAUUUUCUUUCUGUUCUGGAAACAGGGGGUCCUAAAGUACAAUUUAGCAAAGUUUCAGCAAAAGUUCAACUGGGGGGUAAAAAACGUUCUUUAGUGAGAGAAAAAGAAAACGCAACAAAAAAUCAAAAAAAAAAAUCUAGGUGGCUGCCAUUGGUCGAGAAAAAGUUUGGAUGACUUCGGUAGCAGCAGAAAAGUUGACAUCGCGAACCCAAGAUCUGAAUGAAGUACUGAGGCCUUCUCGAAUUUCGUUGAAUCGGAAUCGAUCUAGUAUAACACGCAAGGUUUGGCGAAUUCGGGUUAUGAUAGACAAAAUUUUGCCCAAAAAAGGAAUAGAAGUUAAAGGCUUGGAUGAAAAAUAUUUGAAAUAAGCAACCUGUCCAGGCCAAGAACUUUUUUUUCCCUCUACCAGUAGUUUUUGUAAUUUUUCUAUUUCUGUUUUCAGGACGAUCUUUCUGUUUUGUCGACACAAUCUUUCGUGGACAAUGAUUUUUCGAGCUCUAUCGUUCGUAGUGUUUCUGUGAAAGGUUUUUUCUCCCACUUUUUUUUUCCUACUACGAGUUACAACUUUGUAUUCAUGAAUUGAGCUGUUCGAGGUUGAUUAUUAGAUUUCUUUUCUUUUUUUUUGAAAAUGAAAUCCCAAAGGAAAAAAAAAACAAAAAUAAACAUUUCGAGAGUCGCCAACUCAAAAACAGUUUAUGAAUGCCUUGUAGACUAGAAAACUUUAACAAGCGUCUUCAUUUCCCUAUGUGAUUCAUAAUCUCCGAAUCUUGACGAAAACAGUACUUGACAAUAGUCGAGAAAAAGUUUGGAUGAGCUCGGCAGCAGCAGAAAAGUUGACAUCGCGAACCCAAGAACUGAAUGAAGUGAUGAGGCCUUCCUCACUAGAGAACGUUUUUACCCCCCCGGUCGAACUUUCGCUGAAACUUUUGCUGAAGUGUACUUUAGGACCCCCUGAUUCCAGAACAGAGAGAAAAUUUCUCGCAAUAGUUCUCGUUUUCGAGUUAUGGAGCUUCAAAAGCCCGAAAUAGCGCUUUUAUGGCCUAAUUUGCGUAUUUUGCGGACUUUGUAGCUCCAUAACUCGAAAACGAGAACUAUUGCGAGAAAUUUUCUUUCUGUUCUGGAAUCAGGGGGUCCUAAAGUACACUUCAGCAAAUUUUCAGCGAAAGUUCAACCGGGGUAAAAAAACGUUCCCUGGUCAGAAAAAAAGGGGUAGUUUCGGCUGGCGUUUUUGAGGGGCUGCCCACGUAUGCUCGGUAAAAAAGUACUUUUGGCUGCGAACCUUCUCCUGAGGAGAUUGCAAAUCUCAGUAAAUCGUUUACUUUCAGAGAGUAGGAUCGUGAACUCCGCAGAAGAAGACGUCGGCGAUGACCUUUUCGAUGACGACGACGUGCCCGACUCGCAAGCUUCUCACGUAGAUUCAACACUCAACGAGUCAAUGCUCAGCAACGUCACGCAUAUUCCGAUGGAACGCGUUGGAAGGAAUCCUUUCAAGGUUUUUUUUCAAAUGAAAUUUUAAAGUUUGAGGCAAAUAACUUGAAAAAUUUUAAAUUCACUAGUUUUAAUGUUUCUUUUAAAAACCGCAAAUUUGUAGAGGUUUUGAAGUUUUGAGAAAAAGUGUUGAAUAAAAAAAAUGUUCUUGUCUCAUUUUUCUGAUUCUUGUAGAGGGAUCUCGGCACUUCUAUCGAAAGCCAAAUGGAUGUCUCUAUUUCUGUAUUUGAUCAGCUCGAAAUGGUUCCCGACUGUAAACGUCGUCGCGAAGAAGAGGUUUACGAGUGAUUUUUAGCUGGAAAUUUUUUUUCACAGACUCAAAAAACGGCUCCUACAAAAAAACAAGUGAAGUUGAGUUUUCAACGUUGCUUCUCAGCGCGAGAAAGAGAACACAGUGGAGACUGUGAAACAAUCCGGGUCGGUUGCUUUAUUCUUAUUAAUCGAUUAAAGUUUCGUUUUCAUUCAAUAACUCUUUUCAGUCCCACUCCAUACUCAUUGUGGCUGGAAGCCAACGAGCCUUCCCUCCGUCAAGUUUUUUCUGGAGAAUUCGCCGAUUUUUCCAAAUUUUGCGUGCAAAGCUUCCGAACUUUGUCAGCCGCGGAAAAAAAGGUUUUUCCAGUUUUUUUUUUUUGCUCUGAAGAAUGGGUUUUUGUAGGAUUGGAAACUCCGGGUCGAACAAUACAAAUAAAUAA